CUCAUCAGACCAUGUGACUGUCGGUAAGACGCAGCAUCAGACCUCCGGCAGCAGAGCACCGUGUGUGGACCACAGCCCGUGGACGUGGAGUUAGACCACCUUGUGAGGGACCGUUAAAAAAACAAACUUUGGUUAAAAACCAGUUUCUGAGAUGCUUUGGUUUAAACAGGGACUGUGCCUACUACCUGCGUUUUUGGUCGUCUGGUCCUCCAGCACUUUCAUUAUUUCCUACAUUAUUGCAGUUUACAGGCGUGAUGUGGAUAUCAUCUUCCCAUACAUAAGUGAUACAGGUGCAGACCCUCCUGAAAGCUGUAUUUUUGGUCUGAUGACAUUCAUUUCUGCUUGUGCAGCGAUAGCCACCAUCUAUGCAAUGUACAAGUUUGUGGAGAAACUGAGUGCGGAAACCAAUGUGGUGAACCCACGCCUGAACAAAGCUGCUCUUGGGACUGGGCUGUUUUCUUGUCUGGGCAUGUGUAUUGUCGCAACUUUUCAGGAAACACUAGUGCCACAAGUUCAUGAUUUUGGAGCUCUGCUGUUCUUUGUCUCUGGUGUUGUGUACAUAAUCCUCCAGACUGUCAUAUCAUAUCGUGUUCAUCCCUAUGGAUCCUCCCUUUGUAUGUGUCGAAUUCGAUUAUGUAUUGCACUCCUCGCCAUCUUGGCAUUUUUUCCCACUUUCAUCUGUGCAUUUUUUGUCCAUCAAUCUCAACUGCACAGAGAUCCAGAUGACAAGGACUUUCCCUUCCAUUUGGCCAGUGCAGUAUGUGAGUGGGUUGUUGCCUUCAGCUUCAUCUUCUUCUUCUUCACAUACAUUGAUGAUUUCAAACUGUUUACUCUUCAGGUAAAGACAGUGUAUGAGGAUGAGUAGCGUUGAGCAGUCGGUACCUGCCAUCAGAUCUGGGUCUUAAUUUCAAUAUUUUCAUAAUAGAAAAUGUGCCGCACUUAUUUUCAUAAACAUUUUAUACAUUUUAUACACACAGCUUUUUUAUGAUUUUGUGAUUUGUACUCACCUGAUUGAUUGAUUUAUUUAUACAUUUUAUACAACUGUCUGUCAGAUGUUAGAUUUUUAUAGAGGAUAAUGUACUGAUUUCCAUUGUCAAACUGUCAGUGUCAGGUUUUAGUCAGAUGUCAUUUUGCACUCUGCUCUUGACUGUUGCCACACCAGCAAGUCACGCCUUGUCAGAUCGUAAACAAUGUGACCAAGAGCAGGAAAAGUUCAUCACACAUUGAGCACAUGAUCACUUGUGGCAAAAUGGGAAAACCCACUCAAACAUACAAGUUCAUCUUUUGGAACCUGGGAAUAGUUUCAUUUUGAGAUAAACUGGAGAGACUGGCCACAUUAGUAUAAUACAUACAUCCUGAUUUUUGUGUAGACCAGAAAAAAUGUUUGAAAUAUUACUUUAGUUUCAGUACUUCAAAAAUUGAGUUGAAUCCUUGCCAAGUUCUUAUCCAAGUUAUAUUACUUUGUUCACUAUUUUCUUUAACUUAAGUGUUAUUUUUGGAGAGGAGACAAAUAGGCUCAGAUGCCCUCAUCUGGAGUUAAGAGUCUGUGGAUUAGUACUGGUGCUGAACAGUAUCAAGCUGAUACUAUAACAUGCAGUGCAGCUGUAGAAUAAUACAGCCUUUAGGCAGCUGGGAAGUAGACGGUUAAGUUAAUUAGUGUGCUUACUGAGGUGGUCAAAUGAAAUUACUGUAAUAAAAUUAAAGAGAAAAAAAUUGUAAGUAAGUAAAUUUAAGUAUGUUCUGUGAUUCUUAUCCAGAGAUGCAGAAGCAGAGAGUGUGUUACAUUGUAAAGGUUGUAAAUGCUCUGAGAAAAAUGAGAUUUUCUACGAUUGAUAAAUUACAUAGCUUUUUAUGUGUCAUGAUGCUGACUAUCGGUAAAGAUCACUACCAUUACAGUUGGGUACACUGACCCUCCACAAUGGGUCUCAUGUAAGAAUAUUUUUGUAUUGUCUGAGGAUGUCUGUUCUUUUUUAGUAUGACUGGCUAGAAUGAGCGUGAAACAUCACAUUCAGAAAAUGCAUGUGACUUCUGAAAACUGUAUGAGUGAUCUGCAUAAACUUGAUAAAUGUAACCUGCGUCAAAGAGAAUAGUAAGACCGUUAACAAAUAACAUGUAUGAGAUUUUCAAACUGUAAUCCUCUCAGUAAUGAAAUGUACAAUAAUUUAGUGAAAAACUGAGGCUAGAGUUACAGCUAACUAAUUACACAGUUCCUCUAAGAGGUUUGGAGCAUUUGUAGAUUGUGUUUCUACCUGAAAGAAAAUUCAGAAUUAAAGUAUGGUGCAAGUGCCAGGUUCUCCUUGAUCAGUUGUGACAUUUAAGAACAAAAUUUGUGUGUACAAUUGUCUUUAGUAACUUUAGUCACAAUGGUUUCAUUGAUUUACUAAUGAAACAUAAUUUCAAAUGAGUCCUACACUGUCAUGUAUAAGAGGACAAAACAGGCAUUAAAUGUACACAGAUAUAUACCUUUUAUUACAAAUGUUGGAUUUUACAAUGGGUGAAGUCUGUUUUUACUCACUUUGUCUCAGUACUGUUUAUCUUUUUACAAACUAUACUGUAUAGAUUCUGAUACGCUGCUGUACUGAAAAAUAAAGAUGUACCUUUUCAAAGUAAUCUGUAUGAGUGUUUAUUACAGGCAAACAGGCAGAUUUUCAUGUUAAGAAAAAAAAGUGCUUUCCUCUACAUUUGCUUUUUUCACAGUACUUAUAGUGUAAUAUCCAUAGAAAUAAAAUCAAACUUUUUUUAAAUCAUUAAAUACUAUUAUCAUUGUUUUUUCUAUUCUUUCUCUUUUAGAAUCAUAUUCAUUGUUCUAAGUAAUGAAGUUGGAUGUAUUUAAAUGUAGUACAAACAACAUAAUCAACACUUACAUAACAUUUUCUGAAAAGCGAUGACAGUGUAUUUUAUACGAUGUUGUGAAAAGUGGAAGACAUGUCAUUAUUACCCAAUCAUGAAACCUCAAUAAAUCCACUUGAGCAGCAGACACAUUACAUA